AUGCCUGGUCAGAGUCAAGCUAAAGCGGCUGAAUUCGAAGCUCAAAGUGCUUCUGUUCUUCAACAGAAGGUGAAGAAGACAUUAGAUUUCUUGUCUUCAAUUGACUUGACACCGCUGGAUUUUUUUUCUGCUCUUGUGAGCCCGCGGAACUCCGGAAGCGUCUUCACGGAUUUUCAAAAGCAUCUUUUUCGCUCCUCAUCUAAACGUUUUGAGGGUCUGCUUGACCUGCUGUGGUCGCACCCAAAGGCAAACGAAAAGUUCAUGAACUGGAUGUAUCCGUGCGGUCUUCGUCUUGUGUUGGACCAUGUAUAUGAUGAGAUGGACAAUGCGAAGGAGCACUUCAGUAUGACAUCCAGCCUUGUAACGCCGGAGUUUCUAUCAUCAUGGAAUAUUCAGGAUGUGCUCUCUGCAGUGAAUAUGACGCGACUAUUUCCAACUUGGUCAAGGAUUUUAGAGGCGGCGACGCAAAGUAAAAAGGCGGAGAAGAACCACAUACGAACUCCAGAGCUGGCAAGUUCACAAACUGUAUUCAUUGUCCAUAAUAUUGACUGCAUCGUCUAG